UCCCGCCCCCGGCCGUGGGGCCGACCCCGCCUCAGCCCGUGGCCGCUCAUCCCCAGGCGGCGGUCGGCGUCGCGGUUCCUGUUCCCGCGGUGGUCCUCGGGCCCUCUUCGGAUCCGGGUUCCCCGGUGUGUGCGUCCGUGCCCUGCGGCCGGCGGGCGAUGGUGCGGCGGAGCGCGAGGACGCGGGCGGCACGGCGGCGGGCAUGAAGGAGGAUGGAAGGGCAGGACGAGGUGUCGGCGCGGGAGCAGCACUUCCACAGCCAAGUGCGGGAGUCCACGAUAUGUUUUCUUCUUUUUGCCAUUCUCUACGUUGUCUCAUACUUCAUCAUCACAAGAUACAAGAGGAAAUCAGAUGAACAGGAAGAUGAAGAUGCCAUAGUGAACAGGAUUUCGUUGUUUUUGAGCACCUUCACUCUAGCAGUGUCAGCUGGGGCUGUCUUGCUUUUACCCUUCUCAAUAAUCAGCAAUGAGAUCCUGCUUUCUUUUCCUCAAAACUACUAUAUUCAGUGGUUAAAUGGCUCCCUGAUUCAUGGUUUGUGGAAUCUUGCGUCUCUCUUUUCCAACCUUUGUUUAUUUGUGUUGAUGCCCUUUGCCUUUUUUUUUCUGGAAUCGGAAGGUUUUGCUGGCCUGAAAAAGGGAAUACGAGCCCGCAUUCUGGAAACCCUGGUCAUGCUUGUGCUGCUUGCGUUACUGAUUCUUGGGAUAGUGUGGGUGGCUUUGGCACUCAUCGACAACGAUGCUGCAAGCAUGGAAUCUCUCUAUGAUCUCUGGGAGUUCUAUCUACCCUAUUUAUAUUCUUGUAUAUCGUUGAUGGGAUGUCUGUUACUUCUGUUGUGUACACCCGUUGGCCUUUCCCGUAUGUUCACAGUGAUGGGUCAGUUGCUGGUGAAGCCAACAAUUCUGGAAGACCUGGAUGAACAAAUUUAUAUUAUUACCCUGGAGGAAGAAGCACUCCAGAGACGACUGAGUGGACUGUCAUCAUCAGUGGAGUACAACAUGAUGGCAUUGGAACAAGAACUUGAAAACGUAAAGAUGCUUAAGGCAAAAUUAGAAAGGCGAAAAAAGGCUUCAGCAUGGGAAAGAAAUUUGGUGUAUCCAGCCGUUAUGGUUCUCCUUCUCAUUGAGACAUCCAUCUCGGUCCUCUUGGUGGCUUGUAACAUUCUUUGCCUAUUGGUUGAUGAAACAGCCAUGCCCAAGGGAACAAGGGGUCCUGGAAUAGGAAAUGCCUCUCUUUCUACUUUUGGUUUUGUGGGAGCUGCACUUGAAAUCAUUUUGAUUUUCUAUCUUAUGGUGUCCUCUGUGGUAGGCUUCUAUAGCCUUCGCUUUUUCGGAAACUUUACUCCUAAGAAGGAUGACACAACGAUGACAAAGAUCAUUGGAAAUUGUGUAUCAAUUUUGGUACUGAGCUCUGCUCUGCCUGUGAUGUCAAGAACUCUGGGAAUCACUAGAUUUGAUCUGCUUGGAGACUUUGGAAGGUUUAAUUGGCUGGGAAAUUUCUACAUUGUGUUAUCCUACAAUUUACUUUUUGCUAUUGUGACAACAUUAUGUUUGGUCAGAAAAUUCACCUCAGCUGUGCGAGAAGAACUCUUCAAGGCCCUAGGACUCCAUAAGCUUCACUUAUCCAAUACUUCAAGGGAUUCAGAAGCAACCAAACCUUCUGCAAAUGGGCAUCAGAAAGCCCUGUGAGAGCCGCAGCUGACACCACUCUGGAGAACUGACUCAACAUUCCUGUCCAUGGUAGCGUUUUCAUGCUGACCUUGGUUCAGCCUCAGGCCCAGAGCCUCUCAGCGUCGUGAUUGUACUUAAUCUACUAAGAAUGUGUUUAUUGUGAUUCUUGUUUUAAAUCUGGCUUUCGGGUAGACCCCGUCAUUGCAGCUAAACACGGAUGUCUUUUUAGAGCUGUAUGGAACAGCACAUUGUGUGGAGAGCCUCACUCCCGUCGUCCAGGUGAGCCUCUUUCACCUGCUCUGCGCAGGAGGCACGUCGGGGCCUUUCUCAAGCAUCACAGACUGCCAGGAGCCAUGUUGUUUAGAAUGCUAAACCCAGCUGAAAGACACCCUCAGUACUAAGUGAAGUUUCUUCCAGAGCAUGCAGCUUCGUCUGUGCUGCAGUUGCUGGCAGGUGGCACCGCAGCGGGUGCAUUGCAGCCGCAGUGAUUACAGACAAGCAAAAGUGUUGUUUCUGCUCUAGAAAGAUAUUCAGACUUUGAACCAAGGGAAAGAUGCUAAAUUCUUUUACUACCCUGAUCCUUGGUAGAAAGCCACAGGAGUAUCUUCUAUUGUGUGGUAUAAUAAGCUGUGGUAGGAAGUCGGAUGUCAUCAUAGCUCACUGACAGUGUAUGUGUAUAUAAUUCAAUAUUACCUCUCAUAACAUAGUUGCCAGUGUUGAAUACACUCGUAACUUAGGGUUUUGCCUUAUAGGCUAUCUGUACACUCAGUUUUUUAAAGCAUUUUUUUUCAAAGAUUACUUUAUUUCCUGUACUUCUGUGAUGCUUAUGAAAAGUGUAAAUGCUGAUGCUAGAAACCCCUUCUUUCCUCACAUUUGAAACCUUUGGUUACUUUUAUAUAUGCCAAUUUAAACCUCCAACUUUUGCAGGUUACCAGUUUAACACUCAAUGCGCAAAGCGUCAGCAGUCAUGAUGUAAGAAGAGUUUUGCAUUGUAAUGAGCUGAUCGUCACUUAUUAAAUUGUAAAUAAUUGCUGGGAUGGUUUCCUGACUUUAUGUCCACUGAAUACGCACUAUGACCUGACACUCUGUAUUACCAUCCUGUAGGAGAGAGUACCAAAACUUAUGCAUGUGAAGUGUAAGAUGGGCCCAUUUGCGCACACUUGCUAGUUAUGCAUUCUGUAUAAAUAUGUAUGUUCACAUGCACUAUGUGUAUGACAAUAGGUUGUCUGUGUUCAGACAAAAGUAAAACAGCAUUUUUUUUCUCAAA